AUGGCACUUUCUACAGCAGUGAAGGAAGGCGAUCUUGUAAAGACAAGGUCUAUUCUAGAAGACGAGACAGGUGAUACCAAGCUAGUGAUGCUAUGCAGUGUGGAUCCCGAUGGAAAGACACCCCUCCAUAUCGCUUCAGAAGAAGGACAUAUUGACCUCGAGGGCCAUCUCGAUGUGGUUGACUGUCUAGUGAAUGCAGGAGCUGAUGUGAAUAAAGCAGCAAAGAAUGGCUCGACAUCUCUAGAUCAAGCGUCAGAGAGAGGAGCUGACGUCAAGAAAGCAACUCAGACUGGCAUGACACCUCUUCAUGCGGCAUCAUCUGAAGGUGAAGUAGACGUUGUAAAAUGUCUCAUUUCUAAAGGGGCCAACCUGAAUUCGGUUGAUAACGUUGGUUGUACAUCCCUGUACAUUGCCUCUCAAGAGGGUCAUCUUGAUGUUGUUGAAUAUUUAGCGAAUGCAGGAGGGGAUGUAAACAAAGUAUCGCACGAUGGUUAUGCACCACUAGCUAUAGCAUUACGUUAUAAUCAACAUGAUAUAGCACAAUUGCUCAUGGCUAAGGAAGCAGAUCUAGGACUUACUGAUACUGGCCAUAUUACCCUCCUAAACGCAUCUACAAAUGGCUAUAUCGAUGCUGUUAAAUAUAUCAUACGUAAAGGAGUGGACGUUAAUACUGGUGACGGAGAUGGUUUUACAUCCCUAUAUCACGCAUCACUAAACGGACAUCUUGAUGUUGUUGAAUGUCUAGUGAAUGCAGGAGCUUAUGUCAAAACAACAUCAGCAGAGGACGGCAGGACACCUCUUUAUGCAGCAUCAUCUGAAGGUGCAGUAGACGUUGUAAAAUGUCUCAUUUCUAAAGGGGCCAACCUGAAUUCGGUUAAUAACGUUGGUUGUACAUCCCUGUACAUUGCCUCUCAAGAGGGUCAUCUUGAUGUUGUGGAAUGUUUAGCGAAUGCAGGAGGGGAUGUAAACAUAGCAGCAGAGGAUGGUAUGACACCUCUUUAUGCAGCAUCAUCUAAAGGUGCAAUAAACAGCGUAAAUUGUCUCAUUUCUAAAGGGGCCAACCUGAAUGCGGUUGAUAAAGUUGGUUGUACAUCCCUGUACAUUGCCUCUCAAGAGGGUCAUCUUGAUGUUGUUGAAUAUUUAGCGAAUGCAGGAGGGGAUGUAAACAUAGCAGCAGAGGAUGGUAUGACACCUCUUUAUGCAGCAUCAUCUGAAGGUGCAGCAGACGUUGUAAAAUGUCUCAUUUCUAAAGGGGCCAACCUGGAUUCGGUUGAUAACAAAGGUGAAACACCCCUCCUCAUUGCCUCUCAAGAGGGUCAUCUUGAUGUUGUUGAAUGUCUAGCGAAUGCAGGAGGAGAUGUAAACAUAGCAGCAGAGAAAGGUAGGACACCUCUUUAUGCAGCAUCAUAUAAAGGUGCGGUAAAUAUUGUAAAAUGUCUCAUUUCUAAAGGGGCCAACCUGAAUUCGGUUGAUAACGUUGGUUGUACAUCCCUGUACAUUGCCUCUCAAGAAGGUCAUCUUGAUGUUGUUGAAUAUUUAGCGAAUGCAGGAGGGGAUGUAAACAAAGUAUCGCACGAUGGUUAUACACCACUAGCUAUAGCAUUACGUUAUAAUCAACAUGAUAUAGCACAAUUGCUCAUGGCUAAGGAAGCAGAUCUAGGACGUACAGAUACUGGCCAUAUCACCCUCCUAAACGCAUCUCUCAAUGGCUAUAUCGAUGCUGUUAAAUAUAUCAUAUGUAAAGGAGUGGACGUUAAUGCUGGUUACGGGGAUGGUUUUACAUCCCUAUAUCACGCAUCACUGAACGGACAUCUUGAUGUUGUUGAAUGUCUAGCGAAUGCAGGAGCGGAUGUAAACAUAGCAGCAGAGGAUGGCACGACACCUCUUUAUGCCGCAUCAUCUGAAGGUGCAGUAGACGUUGUAAAAUGUCUCAUUUCUAAAGGGGCCUACCUGAAUUUGGUUGAUAAUGACGGUGAAACACCCCUGUACAUUGCCUCUCAAGAGUGUCAUCUUGAUGUUGUUGAAUGUCUAGCGAAUGCAGGAGGGGAUGUAAACAUAGAAGCAGAGGAUGACAGGACACCUCUUCAUGCAGCAUCAUCUGAAGGUUCAGUAGACGUUGUAAAAUGUCUCAUUUCUAAAGGGGCCAACCUGAAUUCGGUUGAUAACUAUGGUGAAACACCCCUGUACAUUGCCUCACGCAAGGGUCAUCUUGAUGUUGUUGAAUGUCUAGCGAAUGCAGGAGGGGAUGUAAACAUAGCAGCAGAGGAUGGCAUGACACCUCUUUAUGCAGCAUCAUCUGAAGGUGCAGUAGACGUUGGUCAUCUUGAUGUAGUUGAAUGUCUAGUCAAUGCAGGAGCAGAUGUAAACAAAGCAACAAAGAAUGGCCUUACAACUCUCUAUACGGCGUCACUUAAAGGUCAUGUAGACAUUGUGAAAUAUCUCAUUUCUAAAGGUGCAAACCCGAAUUCGUCGUAUUUAGAUGUGUACACAACCCUGAGCGUCGCCUCUCAAGCGGGUCAUCUUAAUGUUGUUGAAUGUCUAAUGAAUGCAGGAGCUGAUGUGAAUUAUGCAGCAAAGAAUGGCACGACACCUCUUUACGCGGCGUCAAGUAAAGGUGAAGUAGACGUUGUAAAAAGUCUCAUUUCUAAAGGGGCCAACCUGGAUUUGGUUGAUAACGAUGGUGAAACACCCCUUUACAUUGCCUCAUGCAAGGGUCAUCUUGAUGUUGUUGAAUGUCUAGUGAAUGCAGGAGCUGGUGUAAACAAAGCAGCAAAGAAUGGUAUGACACCUCUUUACGCGGCGUCAAGUAAAGGUGAAGUAGACGUUGUAAAAUGUCUCAUUUCUAAAGGGGCCAACCCGAAUUCGGUUGGUAACGAUGGUGAAACGCCCCUGUACAUUGCCUCACGCAAGGGUCAUCUUAAUGUUGUUGAAUGUCUAUUGAAUGCAGGAGCUGAUAUAAACAAAGCAGCAAAAAAUGGAGCUGAUGUAGACAAAGCAGCAAAAACUGGUAUGACACCUCUGUAUGCAGCAUCAUCUAAAGGUGCAGUAGACGUUGUAAAAUGUCUCAUUUCUGAAGGGGCCGACCUGAAUUUGUAUGAUAAUGAGUGUAAAACACCCCUGUACAUUGCCUGUCAAAAGGGUCAUCUUGAUGUUGUUGAAUGUCUAGCGAGUGAAGGAGGGUUUAUAAACAUAGAAUCAGAGGAUGGCAGGACACCUCUGUAUGCAGCAUCAUCUGAAGGUGCAGUAGACGUUGUAAAAUGUCUCAUUUCUGAAGGGGCCGACCUGAAUUUGGUUGAUUAUGAUGGUGAAACACCCCUGUACAUUGCCUCAUUUAAGGGUCAUCUUGAUGUUGUUGAAUGUCUGUUAAAUGCAGGAGGGGAUGUAAACAUAGUAUCAGAGGAUGGCAGGACACCUCUGUAUGCAGCAUCAUCUGAAGGUGCAGUAGACGUUGUAAAAUGUCUCAUUUCUGAAGGGGCCGACCUGAAUUUGGUUGAUUAUGAUGGUGAAACACCCCUUUACAUUGCCUCUCAAGAAGGUCAUCUUGAUGUUGUUGAAUGUCUAGUAAAUGCAGGAGGAGAUACCUUAAAAGGUGUCACGCCGCUCAUGGUUGCCGCACGAGGAGGACAUCUAGACUGCGCACAUCUGCUGCUGGAAAAAAAUGCAGAUAUUGAAACAGAAGAUGAAGAGGGUUGGACAGCCCUACAUUAUGCUGCAGCAAGAAUCAAGCUAAGUUUCGUUGACGAUCAGCCAUGCAUCAAGUCUUUCGACUUCUUUGUGCAUUGCUGA